AUGGCCGGCGCCGUCAGACAACCCAUUGACCUAGUUGCCCUAGAAAACUAUAUUGGGCAACACAACCUGGGAAUAUCGCGACCACUUGAUCUCAAGCAGUUUGGAUUUGGCCAGUCCAAUCCGACAUACCUUAUCACCGAUGCGAAAUCCCGACGAUAUGUGCUUCGAAAGAAGCCACCAGGCGAGAUCAUGUCCAAAACGGCGCAUCAAGUGGAGCGAGAAUAUCGUAUUCUACAUGCACUGCAGAAUACCGAAGUUCCAGUACCCAAAGUCUAUAUUUUAUGCGAAGAUUCGACGGUAAUCGGCACCGCGUUCUACAUUAUGGAGUUCUUAGACGGUCGGUUUAUCACAGAUCCUUACAUGCCGGGAGUGACUGCAGAGCAUCGUAAGGAAAUGUGGAGGGAUGCAGUAAAAACUUUAGUCAAACUGCAUACCCUCGACUAUAACGCAGUCGGCCUAGGGGAGUUGGGUAGGCAUAAUAACUUCUAUGAUCGCCAAAUCCGAACCUUUAUAGGGAUAGCAAAACGCCAAUCAAAGGCAGUGAAUGUCAAAACGAAUGUCCCCCUUGGAGACCUUCCACACCUGGAGGAAAUUGCCCGCUUUUUCAAGACCAACCAGCCCAAGGAUCGCUCUAGCAUCGUUCACGGGGACUUCAAGAUUGAUAAUAUCGUAUUUCACAAAACAGAGCCCAAGGUAAUUGGUGUCUUAGACUGGGAGAUGGCUACCAUCGGACAUCCUUUAUCAGAUAUCGUUCACCUUCUGUCUCCGAUCUUCCAAGAAUCGGGGCCAGGUGCGCCGACACUCCGUGACGGAACUAGUCAUUCUAUCCCCGGUCUUCCCAGUCUUGAGGAGUCUCUGAGGUGGUAUCAAGAGUCCGGAUACGAGGCUAGGCCAGACCUGGACUGGGGUAUUGCAUUCGCUCAUUUUCGCGGAUGUGUCAUCGCACAAGGAAUAGCAGCAAGAUACGUGACAGGCCAAUCGAAAAGUCCGGGCGCGAAAGAAUGGGCGGACAGCCUUGAUUUAAGAGCACAAAUCAUGUGGGAAACAGUCAAGAAGCUGCGUGACAGUUAUAUCCGAGAAAAGAAGCUGUAA